UUACAAUUUUAUGGGUUGUUUUUAUAGGUUAUCACGAGCAGGGCUCAAUAAAGAUAACUACAAACAUACCCUAGGCGCAGAUGUAGACCCAGAGUACGAAUUCUACCAUCUUGCUUCUCUUUUCAAUGACUACUGAAACGCCCAACUUGUGGAAUUUACACGCUCUGUGAGGCGUCGUCCAUUUUCGCCCGCCUCGUACGAAUGUUCUCCGGACGAUAUUAUGACAUUCACUUUCCCCAUCGAGACCCAAGAUCAGAAGGCCCUAAUAGGAUGCGGAGUAGCGUUUAGCCUCUUGCCGGCUGUCGUCGUCUAUCUACGCAUCUUGGCGAGGCAUAAGGCCAAUAGGCCAAUCGACACCAGCGACUAUUUGAUCGUGAUAUCGUGUCUUUUUGUGGUUUGCUAUCAAGCGAUUACGAUCUCAGCGGUCUUCGUCGGUGGAUUAGGUUUCCAUGUCGACGAUAUACAGAAUAGAUUCGGCAUCGAAUCUGGUGCUACCGUAUUUAUGAAGCACCUGGUAGCACUCCAGAUCUUUUGGGCGCUUGGCCUGAGUUUCUGUAGAAUAUCCAUCAUUCAUCUGUUCGCAAGAAUCUUUGUGAUUCAAAGCUUCAUUGUAACAGCUAGAAUUACUUGCGUGGUGAUAUUCUUAUGGGCUCUCGGAGCUAUACUCACCCCCUUUGUGGCAUGUCGACCUUUCGAGUAUACCUGGGACAAGUCUAUCGAGGGAGGCGGAACAUGCGGAAACCCAUUGAUAUCAUGGUUCGUGACAGGUUCUGUUAGCAUGAUAUGCGAUCUGGUUAUUCUUCUCAUGCCGAUGCCCUCUUUGCUUCGUCUGGAAUUGGCAUGGACUAAGCGGUUGAUGUUGGCCGCAACUUUUGGCAUUGGAAUAUUGACUUGCGUUGUCAGCGUCAUGCGUAUCAUUUCCAUUGCUGGCAUAGAUCUCGAAGAUGUUACUUUCACGAUGCCGCACGCAAUUCUUUUCAGUGCUCUGGAGCCUUGUAUCGCCGUGACACUGGCUUGUGUCAUUGUUCUACGCCCCCUUUUCGGCGGUGAAUAUUUGCCCGACGGUACAGCGACUUUUCACACCCCAUCAGUUGACGCCAUAGCGAGGAAGAAUAGCACCCGGCGGUUUCGGCAACUCAAUGAUGACUCGUCUGAGACGCGGUUAAGGCCAGAGGAAGUUGGGUAUCGGGCAACUAUCGCAAAAUCACCAGAGCCUUUCAAGGGAUUUGGAGUGUUAGGGGAAGGUCUUGAAAUGGGGUUGAUUUCGAUAAAACAAGAAUGGACCGUGAAGGAAGAGCCACGUCCGACGACCUCAGAAACACAGCACAGAUAGGGAAACACAAUAAAACCAUAGAGAUUAGAACUCUCCGACACAACACCAAUACGCAUUCGACUCGAUUAUCGCUGGUACAUGCGUCGCCAA